CUGCGCGAGAUGGCCGAUCAUGAUGGUGGGGACGGCGACGACAACGAGGGCCGCUCCUAUGGCCAAUACCAAAUAGAGCUCUACAAGAAUGGCGCUCUUCUCGAACAGCCGCCAGAGGUCACGACCGACCCGACCAAGCUUCAAGAGCAGGCGAGGAAGGCAAUGCCGUCCGGGCCCUUCAACUACAUCUAUGGAGGGGCCGGAGAGGGCGCCACCAUGGAUGCGAACCGGCUCGCGUUCCGACAGUGGAAGAUUAUCCCGCGGUUUCUAAGGCCUACUCUGCCGCGUGACCUGAGCAUCAAGCUCUUUGGCCAGACCUAUCCAAGCCCUGUGGUCAUGGCUCCGAUAGGCGUCAUGGGGGCCUAUCAUGAAGACCGCGAAGUGGGAGUUGCUGCUGCGUGUGCGGAGCUGGGCGUGCCCUUCACGCUGAGCACGGCGAGCACCUCCAGCAUCGAGGAGGUGGCAGAGGCCUCGGGCGAGGGCUCAGCAAGGUGGUUCCAGCUGUACUGGCCCAACGAUGAAGAGUUCACGGCAUCGAUCCUCAGCAGGGCCAAGAACAAUGGCUAUACCGUCCUCGUGGUCACCCUGGACACGUUUACCAUGUCAUGGCGGCCGCUCGAUCUGGAUGCCGGAUUUCUGCCGUUCGUCAAGGGACAAGGCGUGCAGGUUGGCUUCAGCGACCCCGUCUUCCGGCGCAAGUUUGCUGAGAUGAGUGACGGGGAGACGCCAGAGGACAAUCAGUUCCUGGCAUCUCAGAUGUUCAUUGCUGAUGUCUUCUCGGGCAACGCGCACAGCUGGGAGGACCUCAAGGUGCUGAAGAAGUACUGGGACGGCCCCAUCGUGCUCAAGGGCAUCCUCAGCGCCCAAGAUGCCAGGCUCGCCCUGGAGCACGGCAUGGACGGCGUAAUCGUCUCCAACCACGGAGGGAGACAGAUGGACGGGGCGGUGCCGUCUCUGGAGAUGCUGCCUGAGAUUGUAGAUGCAGUCGGCGACCAGAUGACCGUCCUGUUCGAUUCUGGCAUCCGCACCGGCGCCGACAUCAUCAAGGCCCUGUGCCUAGGUGCGAAAGCUGUGCUCGUGGGGAGGCCUGUGAUGUAUGGGCUGGGCAUACGCGGCAAGGAGGGCGCGCGACAUGUUCUGGCUGGGCUGCUGGCCGAUCUUGACCAGAGCAUGGGCCUGUCCUGCGUGAAGAACAUUGGCGAGCUCAACAAAGACAAGCUGAGGAGGGUCAUGCAUGGUGGAGAUGUGAAGGCGGCCCUAUAG